CUGACACUUAAACAACUAUAAUGACUGAACAUACAACGCCAAUAACCGACGGUUUGUAAAAUUAAUAUGAAGAAAUAUGUGUUUUAUGAUACAAAAGGUUUAAUACAAACUCGGCCUGUGAAAAUGUGAUGAAAUUAAAACCCUGUAGGAGCACCGGUGUAUGAGUGACAGGGUUUGUCAGCACAGUUUUAGUCAUGAGUGAGGUGUGUGUCCGUGUGGCGGUCCGUAUUCGGCCGUUGCUUCCCAGGGAGGUUCUCCACAACCACCAGGUGUGUGUGCGGGUGGUGCCGGGCUCCGAACAGGUGAUGCUCGGGUCAGACCGACUCUUCUGUUUCGACCACGCGUUCGGGUCGACAGUCAGCCAAGAUGAGGUGUACGAGUCCUGCGUCCUGCCCCUGGUGGAGUCCCUGAUCGACGGUUACAAUGCCACCGUGUUCUGUUAUGGACAAACAGGGUCAGGAAAGACAUAUACACUCGGAGGAGGAAACCUGGCUGAAGAUGGUGGUAUCAUUGACCGUGUGGCUCAUGAUGUGUUUGUGUUGUUGGGCAAAACAACACAGAGCAGUGAUGUUGAGAAGGCUACAGUUCGAGUCUCGUACAUUGAGUUGUACAGAGAAGAGCUACGAGACCUGCUGGAGCUCCAUACUACUCACAAAGAGCUUCAUAUCAGAGAGGAUGACAGAGGAAACACAGUGGUGGUGGGAGCCAAAGAGGUGACCGUCUCCUCUGCGGAGGAACUCCUCAGUGUAUUGGAGAUGGGAAAUGCCCUGCGCCACACUGGCACGACAGGAAUGAAUGAGAAGUCCAGUCGCUCUCACGCCAUCCUCACCCUGCAGCUCUUCCAGUGUUUUCACGACAACACAUCUUUCUCAAAGUCUGUGCGCUCCUCCAAGCUCUGUCUGGUUGACCUGGCAGGAUCAGAGCGUGCCGGAAAAACUGGCAACACUGGGACACGUCUCAAAGAGUCUGUGUACAUUAACACAGGCCUUCUGGCACUGGGCAAUGUGAUCAGAGCUCUAUCUGACCCAGGUCGAAAUCGCAGAGGAAACAACUGCAACAGCGCUCACAUACCAUACCGCGAUGCCAAAAUCACCCGGCUGCUCCGUGAUGCAUUGGGAGGCACUGCCCAUACACUGAUGGUGGCAUGCGUAAGCCCCUCCCACCACAGUGUAGCAGAGACUCUGAGUGUUUUGCAGUUUGCAUCUAAGGCUCGUCACAUCCGGAACCGCCCUGGAGCAGUGUCUGCUCAUACAGAGGUCAGAUCGUGUCCGCCAACCUGGGAUCCUGGUGAUGCACGGCUGGGAGAGUUGGAAUAUGAAGCACAGACACUGAGAGAGCUGCUGAAAGAGAAAGAGAAAGAACUGCUAAAGGAAAGGGAGAAGACAGAGGGAAGAGUUGGAGAGGAGGACAACUUUAAACAGCCCAGUCAAGUUAACUGGUUAACUAACCAUCAUACAACAGCAAACCAACAGGAAUUAUCAGACUACUGCCUACUUGCACAAGAAGCUGCUGUUCUUCUUGGAGAUAUAUCUAGCUCCGCUCAAAAUAAUGAUUUCAGGCAGCGACUGCAAGAUUGGCAGGAGAGGCUGAAAGCUGUCAAUAACUCACAUCAAUCUGACAAUAAGGAGUAUUCGGAGAAAGAGGAAGACCAACCCAACCAUAUCACCGUAUUAAAGCUCAGACAAGAACUAACUGAGUGUCAGGAAGCUCUUGCCAUAGAUGAACAGGUACUGGAGGAAAAAGACACAGAGCUGAGACAUUUACAAAAAGAAGUAGACAAACUUGUCCAGGAGAAUAAAACCCACAUCCAGGCAUUAAUAGAAGAAAAGCAACGUAAUCAUAUAAAGACUGAACAACUGGUGAACCAGCAGAUUCUGAUCGCUCGUCUUCACAGUGAGCUUUUUACUUUAAAAAGUGCAACAUCAGGAGCAACGGAAACAGGUGCCUCUGGGAACUCAGAUAAGAGACCUCACAGCGUCCCUCUAUUCAGACAGAGCUGUGGACAGCGGCCACCCAGGAAGAUCCACUCCAGUCCUCCAGCCUAUUCUCUGGAGAGAAUCAUAGCAGCCUUUAAGAUGCGUGGUCAAGUCCUGCUGGCUGAGAUUGAUGAAGAGGAUGAAGUCUAUUGUCCAUUUCUAAAACAGCAGAUGGAGACCAAAGACAACAACCAAGAGGAGGAAGAGCAGGAUGACGAUGAUAUGGGCAAAGUGGGAUUUAGACGUUCUUUGAACCGUACGUGGACAAGCCAUCAGAGGAAAUCAUUUCAGACAAAGAAAAGUACUGGACUGAAUGAAACAUCUAAUGGAAUUUGGUCUAAACAACAGUCUCAUGGAGUCACUGGAAAUAAGGAUGGCAUUGCCAAACCAUGUGGUGUGAGCAAGGCAAAAAUAAGGCCUGAUACUGUCACCCAGAGAAGGAUCCAAGAACUGUCAGUCAACAUGCGAAUGAAAGAGGAGCUAAUCAAAGAGCUUGAAAAAACUGACAAGGAGUCCCAAGCAGUGGACAUACGUGGCAGUCAAAACACUGACGUCAAAGCAGCUGGCUUGUUAGCAGAGAUAUCCUUGCAGAGCCAGCAGGUUCGGGCUGAUCUGUACCGCAGCCUGCAGCACAUGAGACUGCAGAGAGCAGAGCUCCAGGAUAGCCUGAGGCAGGAGAGAGACGCCACUCACAACAUGCUACCUGACCAGCAGGAGGGUCAAAAGUUAGAAAACAAAGGCUGCCACCAGGAAAAACUAAGGGAAAAGGUACAUGAGGGUAGAUGGCUGGAGGAGGAAGAGGAGCAGGUGUUACAGAGGAGAGCUCAGCUUCAGGAACUAGAGGAGGAACUGAGGAGGAGAGAGGAGGUGCUCCUUCAAAAGGAGGCCUAUAUGCAACAGAAAAACAAGUUAGAGAUGAAGAAGUUACGCUCCAGCCAGGCUCUGAGUCAGGACCUGCUGCGUGUAUCAUUACAGCUGGAAACUCUCCAGGAGCAGAUGCAGAGCAGCAGCAGUGAAAAGCCAAACAGAGGAUUCACUGUAGAGGAACUAGAGAGGGAGAGGGACAAACUUAAAAACAGAAGGGAUGCUCUGGAUGCACAGCUGAAGGACAACAAAGUCCUCACUGUGGAGGAGGAGCAUUACCUGCUUCAGUUGGAGGAAGCCCUUGAAACUUUAGAUGCCGCUCUGGACUUUAAAACCCGAUCGAUCCAGGACAAACAGGAAAAACUGUCAAUUACAGAAUCCUCUCUAUAUCAGUCACAAAACACAGAGCCUGCCCAUGUCUGUAACAUCAUCAGGAAACUAAAGGAGCUUUCACCACCUGAGGUCUCUGAGCUGUUUGUCAAGUAUUUUAACAAGGUUGUUUGUCUUCGGGAAGAAGACCGUAGUUUGCGUUUGCAAUGUAAAGAGUUGGAGCUACACAAUGAGGAGCAAGAGGUGGUGCUUAGGGAGAUGGAAGCUGCCAUGCAGUGUCUGGCAUUAGACGCGGACCGCAGACUAACAGAGCAGCACAGAGAUCAUCAGAAACACAUUCAGCUUCUGCUGCAGAAACUUAAAGAGAAUGCCACUGCAGAGAAACAUGAGGUCAUCCAAGACAGACUGCAGCAUCUUGAAAAAGAGUUAUUUUUCUACAAGACCUCCAGCCGUCAGCUAAAGAAAAAACUGAGAGAGCUCCUUAGUGAUGCCCAUCAACCUGCCAAUCAGACCUCAGGCACACAGGAACACUCACACAUGUUCAGUAUACAGGCAUGUCCAAGCACAAAUGAACCCCAAAUGCACACUGAAGAGGCGCAGACAAAGACACACAUCACAACAACAUACACAAAAAUACACUCUGGGCCAACAGACACAAAAGCACACAACAACGAGGCAGAAAUAAAGCACACACAUGCUCACCAAAAACUUCGUCCCUCAUCAUCUUCUGAUCUCCAAACACACAAAAAGACUACAGCGCCCUCACACGACCAGAUGCACACACGAUCCUAUGGGGCUGGUCAGUGUGAGGAAAAGUUAGAGAUGACUCAAGUCCGUCUGUGCCGGAAAGACCUGAGACAGAUCUCCCCAUGCGACCUGCAGGUCCGUGGAUCUGCCACAAGGAGGCGUCAGUCUGUUGUGGAUACCAGCACUGAGACAAUACUUGAAGACUCAAUAGAAAUGUCUAAAAACACUGACCGAUAGUGUUUCAUGUGUAUUAUGUCUGUUUUAUUAGAGUCCCAUGACUGCUGUAAUGUCUGUAGAAGAGUCUAGUUUAGUGAUUGUGAACAAAAUGUUUGUCACAAAUAACACAUCCACAAGCGCCUUAAAGGAACAAACAAAAUCAGAAUAUUCAGUUCAUGUCCACAUUCAAACUAUACUAAAGACUAAGCUGAAUGGGUCCUUACACGCAUGCACAUACAUCCUACUGAUAUAAAACAGCUGAAGAGUCUUGCCACAAAAUUACAGAACAACAAAACUGUGACUUCCAAUGUUUUUUUAUAACCUGUAAUGUAAUGACGCUACACAGGAUGGGCUAAGAUUUAUCCUUACUUUGUUGUGGACAAAAAUCUAUAGGUUUACCAUUUAUUUGAAACAGUAAAAGUUACAGAUGUCUUUUAUUGGCUCUUGUACCCCACAAAUACAACAAUGCACAUUUUGUUACUAGUUCGUAUCAUAUCCGCACUUGAAGUUCAAACUGGUGUUCAACAU